AUGCAACAAUUGCUCCCUGUGGCAAUUCGUUAUGUCCUAGAGAAGCCUGCAAGGUAUGCAAUAAAUCGAUUGUGCUUCUUCUUCAAUGUUAUAUGUGCAAAGACGGUAGAUGUUUCCAAGCUAGAUAAGUUGGAAGAAGAUGUAAUAGUAACUUUGUGUUUGCUUGAGAAGUACUUUCUCCCUUCAUUCUUCGAUAUCAUGGUUCAUCCAGUAGUACAUCUUGUCAGAGAAGUUAGUCUAUGUGGGCUAGUUUAUUUUAGAUGGAUGUAUCCGUUCAAAAUAUAUAUGAAAGUGCUAAAGGGGUAUGUUCAGAACCGUAAUCAUCCUGAAAGUUGCAUUGCUGAGCUGUAUAUAGCUGAAAAAGCUGUAGAGUUUUGCACCGAGCAUUUAUCUGAUGUUAGUACAGUUGGGGUGCCAUCAAGCCAGAAGAUGGGACUUUCAAAGCCCUUAUCAGGUUGCAUAGUGAGUUUAGUUUAUCGGAACUUGUUGAAUCAGGCACAUCUAUAUCUCUUGGAGAAUACGGAGGAAGUUCUACCUUAUAUCGAGUAUGGGUUUUAUUCUUAA